AUGUCUGGCAUUCUUUUCGAGGACAUGUUCGUGGUCGACUCCGUCGACCCCGGAAGAUACAACAAGGUCAGCCGCAUCGAGGGCCAGUCGUCCACGUCGCUGGACAUUAAGAUCACCUUGGAUAUCAACUCCGAGUUGUUCCCAGUGAAGGAGAGCGACUCUUUGACCAUCACCUUGGCCUCUACGUUGGGUAACGAGUCUUCUAUGGUCACGUCCAACGGUUCAUGGAGACCACCUAAGCGUGGGGACCGUUCAUUGGCUGAUGACUACGACUACGUGAUGUACGGUACCGUGUACAAGUUCGAGGAGAGCUCGGGCAACGAUAAGAUGGCGGUGUACAUUUCGUUUGGGGGUUUGUUGAUGCGCUUGGAGGGCGGCUACCGGUCGUUGCUGAGCUUGAAGCAGGAAAACGCAUACAUUUUGAUUCGUCAUUACAAGGACAACUAG